AUGGAAGACUUGAAAGGGCUUGCCCUUUCCAAGCAGCUGGUGGUCAAGACCCUCCUGGGGUAUGGAAUCUUUGGUGCUGUUCAGGUUCUGUACCGCCUUAUCUGGGGAUGGAAGGCAUCCUCUCGAAUGAAAGACAUCCUGCAAGAUGUGCCGGCCACGAAGGGGGACGGACAUGAUGCGCAUGCAGGCUGGCUCAAGGACUUCCUGGCAAACGUUUAUAGAAUUCACGAUUGGCGUGUUGAAAUUUGCGAAGGGCAACCGGUUUCCAAAAACCUCGGAUUCAGCUGGCACCCUGGUCUUUACACUCUGAUCGCCAACGAUCCUGACAUCGUGCGCCACAUCCUAAAGGACGAGUUUAACAAGUACACUAAGCCGGAUUUGGGCUAUGAUCCCUUCUUCUUCUACUUGGAGGAGUUCUUGGGCGAGGGUAUCUUCGUGAGCAAGCAUGGCCUAGGCUCCGAAGACCGCGGCGAGGGCUGGGGUCACAUGCGCAAAGUUUCAUCGCAGAUCUUUAGCCGGAAGAUUUUCAAUUCCUUGAUGCAGGAGGUCUUCGUGGAGAAAGCAGAAGUGUUGCGACGAUUUUUGCAGAGAUCUCGAGACCUGGGGACCCAAGUGGACUUGCAGUCAUGCUUCUUUAACUUCACCUUUGACAGUAUCAUGCGGAUCUUCUUUGGUGAAGAUUCCAACACAGCUGUUGGGGUGCCCAACAUGUAUGGCAAGGCCUUCGAUACCGCACACAGAAAUAUGCGAGAUCACGCUGUCAGUUCACUUGCGUCUUACCUCUUCUUCAGCACGUUCUUGCCGUGGCCUUUUGGUGGCCGACACGGAGGGCUGGCUCGUUGGCUUCGGGACCGAUUCUCAUCGAGUUUCCGGAACAUGAAGGCAGCAACCCGGGUGCUCGAUCGGGAGGCAGAUCGCCUGGUUAAGAAGUGUCGUCAAGAUCCCAAAUUGGGUGAGCGACGAGACUUGCUGGCUCUGUUUAUCCAGGCGAAGUUCAGCACCGAUUUUGUGAAGCAGAUGGUGCUUCACUUGAUCAUUGCUGGCCGGGAUACCACGGCUUGCCUGCUGUCAUGGACGUUCUACGAACUCACACGCAACCCGGAUGUUCAGGCCCGACUUCACGACGAGAUCAUGCAGAAGAUGCCGCCAGGUGCCAAGCUGGACAUGAAGAGCUUAUCGGCAAGCGAGAUGCCUUACCUCAACGGCGUGAUCUACGAAGCUCUUCGGCUUUGGCCUCCAGUUCCCUUCGACCCAAAGAUGGCCUUUGAGGACGACAUCCUUCCUGGCGGGUGGAAGGUGCCAGCCUAUGCACAGGUGGCUUACAGCCCAUACAACAUGGGUCGUGAUGCAAAGAGAUACCCAGAACCUGAGGCAUUCCGUCCAGAGCGAUGGAUUCCGUUCAGGGCUCCGUCUCAGCACGAGUUCCCAGUUUUCCAAGCUGGACCUCGACUUUGUCUUGGCAUGGACAUGGCGAUGUUUGAAGCAAAGACCGCUGCUGUGGAGCUGCUGCGGCACUGCCGGUUUGAGAUGGUGCCGGGACAGGAGAUCACCUAUGGUGACAAAAUCACUUUGGACAUCAAGAGCAAUGGCAAGGAGGAAUUCUUUGUUCAUGUAAGGGGCUGGCCAGCGUGA